UUCUUAUACUAAACAUGUGUUUUAAGAUGUAAAGUGAUGUUCCUCAAUCUAUGUUCAACCACAGAUUAAAGAACAGCUGUUGAAGAUUAUCCUUAUGUUGAAGAUGAUCCUUAUGUUUGAAUACUCAGCUCUGAAUCGUAUUCCCCGUCAAUGCCCAAAGACAUCUGCUUUGUGUAGCAGCCCCGAGGUUUGAUAGUUUAUAUUUUAGAAAUCGCAAUAAAAUUCCUUACAUAUGAUGCAAGAAAGUGGGCCACAAGCAUUAUUUUCAAAUUACAUGAAACACUUUCUGUGCCCACACCAGUCAAUGGCCCACACACGCACACACAGAAAGACACACGCACCACCCCGCCCCUCUGUGGCAUAAUAGGGUUUGGCAUACUGGUGCGCACCACGUAAACAAAAGCACAUUGUCGGUGUCACUGGCAGCCAGUCUGCAAGCCAAGAGUGGGAGAAGUGAACAGUCAUUUCCUUUGCUCUCCAGACAGCGAGUGGACUUUUGUGGUGGUAAGCAACACUACAGCAGAGAUGGGAUUACUUGUCACUGUCCUCCUGCACUGGAUGGAAGUCUGAGGCAAAGUCUAGCGGGCAAUAACAUCCUCUGGAAAAUAAGACAAGCUUUAAGGGGCCAUGCCGUGUGUCCAGACCCAGUGCGGCUCUUCUCCACAAGGAGCCAGCCCGGCCUCUCAGAGCGCCGGCGGAGAGCGCAGCUGCGAUUUCCUCACCCCGGAGUUUGUCAAGUUCAGCAUGGACCUCACUAACAGUGAAAUCUCAGCUGCAACGUCGGGUCCCAGUUUUGGCCCUUUGGGUGACACUUAUGGCUCCGGCUACGACGUGAAGCCCCCGUGUCUCUUCCAAAUACCGGUGCAGGGGGAGCUUCCGUGCGUCAAGGUGGAGGAUGCGCACGGGUGUCCGCGGUAUCAGCCGAAUCAGCAUCACCCGCACCAGUCCGAUGAGCUGCUCUCCUCCCCGGGCUCCGUUUAUUAUUACCGGUCUCCGUCGCCGCACACCCCCAUCACAUCCAACUUCCAAACUCCACCGGGACACAUAUGGGAGGACUCCAACUCUCUGUACAGUUUUCGACAAGACUAUUUGGCGGCGGCGCACAGGAAAAACACACUAUCCAGAUUCUCGCUGUUUUCCCUCAAACACGCGCAACACGGCGGUCAGAGCUUGUCCACCUGCCAAAUGAAAUUUGACGGAUCUCUCCAUGUGUCCAUGAACCUGGACGCAGCCGGGGCGCACCAGCCGCUGGAUAGCCCCGGGGUUUUGGGCUCCACUGCGCUCGGAAAGCAGCCCGGAGUGGGAUUUCCUCGCCCUCUCCAGCUCGCCCACGGCCACCACUUUAUGGACUACCAGACUUCUUCUGCCCCCAACCGAGGACCGCUGAGCGCGGAGGGGCUGUGCGCGGUGUGCGGUGAUAACGCAGCCUGCCAGCACUACGGAGUGCGCACCUGUGAAGGCUGCAAGGGUUUCUUUAAGCGCACGGUACAAAAAAAAGCCAAGUACGUGUGUUUGGCAGCCAAAAGCUGCCAUGUGGACAAACGCAGGAGGAACCGAUGCCAAUAUUGUCGCUUCCAAAAGUGCCUUGCAGUGGGAAUGGUCAAAGAAGUGGUGAGGACAGAUGGUCUGAAAGGUCGAAGGGGUCGCCUGCCAUCCAAACCUAAAGCUGUUCCCGACUCGUCCUCACCUGUUAGCACCCUCCUGAGCGCCCUCAUCAGGGCGCAUGUGGAAUCGAACCCUCCACCUUCUCUCCUUGACUACUUCAAAGUCAAGGAGGGUCCAGGAAGCCUACCAGGAGACGACGCUCAGCAUGUGCGGCAGUUUUACGACCUCCUGACCAGAUCGAUGGAGGUGAUUCGAGGUUGGGCACAGAAGAUCCCGGGCUUCACCUCCCUGCCCAAACACGACCAAGACCUCCUCUUCUACUCGGCUUUCCUGGAGCUCUUCGUUUUACGGCUGUCGUACAGAUCCAACCCAGAGGAAGGGAAGCUGAUCUUCUGCGACGGGUCGGUGUGGCACCGGCUCCAGUGCCUGCGGGGCUUUGGGGAGUGGAUUGACAGCAUCGUUGAAUUCUCCGCUAAUCUGCAGAGGAUGAACCUGGAUGUAUCCACCUUCUCCUGCAUAUGCAGCCUCGCCCUGAUCACCGAGCGGCACGGACUGAAGGAGCCGAAGAAAGUGGAGGAGCUGCAGAACAACAUCGUCCAGUGCUUGAAGGACGGCGACGGAGGCUCAAACUGUUGGGCCAACCAUUUGUCCAGACUUUUGGAAAAGCUGCGUGAACUCCGCACCCUGUGCAUCCAAGGCCUGCAGAGGAUUUUCUAUUUGAAGCUGGAGGAUCUGGUGCCGCCGCCUGCAAUAAUAGAUAAGUUAUUCCUCGACACGUUGCCAUUUUAGAGACAGAAGAGAAUACACACGGGUUUUUUUUCUUCUCAGCAAUGUUAGACUUGCUUUAAUCCCAACAGUCAUUCAUGACAGUCUGACAUCAGCAUCAUUAAAAAACAGUUUAAAAUCUAAGAUUGAGUAUUUUCCUCAAAACAAGUGAAAAUGAGAAUUAUUUCAAGAAUUGUGAUCAAAAUGACCAAUUUUAUUGCUGUCUGCAAGAAAGGAGAAAUUAACUGAUAGUCCUACUUUAUCUUAUUUUUACAUGUUUGGCAGUCUGUUCAACCCACUUCUCAGCCUGUAUAGAGGCAGUUUUGAUACGAGUGUGUCCCACCAUGUUUAGGUUUUUCAUAACAUAUAUUACUGAUUAAUAUGAUAAUAUUCGGUAGACUGUUGUGUUCUCAGAGUAAACUGUCAUUGUCCAUGUUUUAAUGAAUAAAUAAAUCACCGUUA